AUGCAAGACGUUUUAGACGAAGACAGCGAGAUGGGUGAUUGGCUGAUCAGAGACAGGGACUCCAAAUUGGGCGUGGUACUGCACGACAGGCUGAUGUCAGAGGCCCUGGGCGGCGCGCCCAUCAAGACAGAACACAGCUACAGCCUACACUCAGACGUCGAAUCAGAGCCGCCCUCACCUAAUCACACCAAAGUUGAUGACAUGGAAGAUGAAUGCUACCCCGCUAUUCCAGCCAGCGCGUGGCGAAGCAGGCGGCGUUCCAGCGGUUCCCCUCUACCAGAAGUGAAGGCUGAGCCCAAGUCAGAACCAGAGUCACCUGCCUCCAGCUGUCCACCUUCACCAAUUCCUGGCACGCCGGUCACACAUGUCGAUUAUGUCAUUGAUCACACGACGGGGACAAUCCACAUGCCACAAGCCGUGCUACAGAAAGUAGGGGCAGCGGGAGUUCCACAGUUACUGCUAAGCACCGCGCCGCGCAUCGCUAACUCCUUAAAUAAUAAUAAACUCUCCAUCAAAGUCACAUCCUCAGGGUCUUCAGCAGGCUUCAAUCUCCCACCAACGCCGCCAUCUUCCCUGUCUUCAUCAGACAGUGAAGGUGCGUUGUCGCCUGCCCACGAGACCUCACCGCCAACAGCGCCGGCCCCGCCGUCUCGCAGGACCCAUCUCUACGUGUCUCACCACUCUCGGCAACCUAUUAAUACGCCACUUAUAAGUAGCCAACCGAAAGGUUCAACGGGCACUCUUAUGCUAACAGAGGAAGAAAAGCGCACAUUGCUAGCGGAAGGUUACCCUGUACCCACACGCCUACCCCUGACCAAGGCUGAGGAAAAAUCUCUAAAGAAAAUUAGGAGGAAAAUUAAAAAUAAGAUAUCUGCACAAGAAAGCAGACGCAAAAAGAAAGAAUACAUGGACCAAUUAGAAAGGAAAGUGGAGAUACUAUUAUCAGAGAAUACGGACUAUAGGAAGAAAGUAGACAACUUAGAGCAGAAGAAUGCAAGUCUAAUGAGUCAACUGGCCGCUCUUCAGGCUCUUGUGAACCGAGGGGGUAGGAAGUGA